UCAGGAUUUGUUAGCUUACGUAACUCGUUUUGCGUGCACAGAGUCCGAGCCUGACCCUGCUGAAUGAUGGGAGACAAUAUUAUUCUUGUUGCUGUAAUUUCCCUGCUUUCUGCAUGCCAGCAAGGAUACUAUGCCAGACUUGUGGGGAGGUCUAGAAUGAAACACAAGAUCAUGCCUCCAGCAGUCACAGGACCUCCAGAAUUUGAGAGGACAUUCCGUGCGCAGCAAAACUGCAUAGAGUUCUAUCCCAUAUUUCUUGUUCUUCUUUGGACGGCGGGCAUAUACUUUUAUCAAGAAGUGGCUGCAGCCUUAGGAUUGCUGUACAUAUUUGCACGUCACACCUACUUUAAAGGCUACGUAGCAUCUGCUCAGGGCAGGAUCCCAGGAUUUUAUCUCAGCCUGAUCUCAAUAUUCCUGUUACUUCUUGUUGCUAGCCUUGGAAUUACAAACGGCCUUCUUAACAUUUACCUGGAUAUAAAUAUCUUGAAAAAGCUAAAACAUAUUCUGUAAAUACACUUAAACUGUUGUUAUGAAUUGUGUUAAAAAUGAUGUGUACAUAAAAAUGUAAAGUCAUUUUAGUAA